GGUUACGCCGCGCUUUCUAAAAAGUGAUGUAACUUUUCAGUUCGUCCGAUCAAUUUAUUUAAGAUUCAACUAAUUGAAGCCUCGUCAAAAGUAACUUUCUCCUAUAAUUGAGACGAAUCUACUUAAGCUCAUCUUUUCUUUGUGCAGACUAUAUUUCUCCCCCUCCCCCCAAAAUAAUAUCCAACAUAGGUCGCAAGAAAAAACCUCGUCACCAAAAAGGGCGACACCCACGCCCGUGGUCUUCCAGGAAAAUGGGUCAAGAGGAAUCUCGCCUCGUCGACCCCGAUACACCACCGGACACACUCUCUGGCCGCAGUCUACGAGCUGUCGCCGACUACAUCAAUGAUGGCAAGGCAAAGCGCGUAGUUGUUAUGACCGGUGCCGGCAUUUCUACCGCAGCCGGAAUACCGGACUUCCGAUCCCCCAAGACGGGGCUCUACAACAACCUCUCUCGCUUCAAUCUCCCACACCCGGAGGCUGUUUUCGAGAUUGACUUCUUCCGUAAUCACCCGGAACCUUUCUACCUCCUUGCCAAGGAAUUGUAUCCAGGCAACUUCAGCCCGACGAUAUCGCACGCCUUCAUCGCACUACUAGCCCAGAAAAACCUCUUGCGCAUGCUCUUCACCCAGAAUAUCGACUGUCUCGAGCGCGCCGCGGGCGUACCAGGAGACAAGAUCAUCGAGGCGCACGGCAGCUUCGCAACGCAGCGAUGCAUCGAGUGCCGGACGUCGUUCCCCGACGGCAAGAUGCGUGAGUACGUCACACGCGGCGAGCCCCCGCAUUGUAUCCGUUCAGGGUGUAACGGACUCGUUAAGCCCGAUAUUGUAUUUUUCGGCGAACAGCUCCCCGAGUCGUUUUAUCAGAACAUCCCGGUCGCUGGACUCGCCGACUUAGUCCUUGUUAUGGGCACGAGCUUGCAGGUUCACCCUUUUGCUAGUCUUCCGCAACGCGCGGCAGAGGGCGUGCCUCGGGUGUUGUUUAACCUUGAACGUGUGGGUGAUCUUGGCACGCGCGCGGAUGAUGUUUUGGUUCUAGGAAGCUGUGAUUCUGGCGUUCGCAAGCUGGCGGAUGAAUUAGGUUGGCGGGGGGAGUUGGAGAGUAUGUGGCGAGGUAUGGUCGGUGAGAAAGAAGCGGAUCGACAAGUAUCAAACCCGCAGAUGGAGGGCGCUAUAAGAGAUGAGGUGGAGGAGUUGAUUGAGGAUGUGGAGGAUAAGUUGGACAUAUCCGAAGGCUCCGACGACGAACCCGAUGCUAACGUCGGCAAGCAGGAAAAGGGUCUCGCGGAGGAUGGCGCACCAGGCGGAUCGGAUUCUACGGCACGUGCAACUCAGACGGAUACUGCGAAUGCUGAUGCAUCGAAGCUCGUGGAUGAGAGUGUGGAAUCUCGAGCGCAGGAUACUGAGAAGCAGGAACAGGGAGCUUCGGCUCAGGAGGAAGGCCAGGAGGACAAGACAGAGGAGGUUGGAGAUUCUAGACCGCCGCUGAGCUACGAACCUGUGGGACCUACUGCGGAGAGGCCGGUCACAGAGGAAAACUAGAAUCGAGGUGACGAGUUGGCGCUAUAGACUUGGUCUAUUAGAGGGCGAGUAGAUUGGUGGUGAGGCGGCUUGUCUUUUCCGGUGUGGCUAUACAUCAUCUAUAUUUGGAGAAGCAUAUAGUAUAGAUGUCUCGGCGCGGAUGAUAUACCCAUUAUUGUUGAGUAUUUCUGAAGGAUGUAUUCAUGUUGUUCUGCGAACAUUGAGAAGAUUAGCCGCAAGGUAUGCAUUAGGCAUUUGUAAGGAGUAACAGAAAUUGAUUUUGAUUUAAAAUAUCUCUAGAUUUAGCUUUACGGUAUGGCAACAUCUGUCAGACAAGAUUAUUUUGUAUCUUCCGUGUUAAAUGUUACUAUUUUGACAAGUUCUGGAA